AUGCAGGUAAUGACGACUAGCGGAGAGUCACCACCGGACUCCGGACACGAAAAGAAGAACGGCAGUCUUCCUGUGGUGAGAUCGAACUCCGGGCUCUCUCUGGAACUCCUCGUAAGCACUGGCGAUGGGGAACGAAAUAAACCCAGCCUUGCUGGGCACAGCGAACUUAGAAUAUUCAUCGCUGAUUCAGUUGAAAAGCAAGGAAAACAGCAAAAUUUGUCUUUCUUCAACCUCGUAGAGUUUUCUGCCGCUUUGACCGGAAACAGCCUCUGUGCUGAUGCUGCAGUCGAUCUCUUACCCGUCCCACCAGAUGGAGGAUAUGGUUGGAUAAUUGUACUUGCUGCAUUUUUUUCGAAUCUCAUUGUUGACGGAGUAUGCACAUGUUUUGCUGAAUUUAAGAGUUCUUACUCACAACAUUUCCAGUCUACGGAUGCUGCCACAGCACUUAUUGGUUCAUUGCUAAUUGGAGUGUAUUUGCUUGUAGGACCCGUUGUUGGUGGUUUGGUAAAUAAAUACGGUGCUCGAAAAGUUGUCAUGGGUGGUGCUUUCAUAUCCGGGACUGCGUUUCUAAUCUCAGUCGCCUCCCCAAAUAUCUACUUCUUUAUGCUUAUUUAUGGUGUAAUGGGUGGCAUAGGUUUUGGUAUGAUCUAUCUGCCUGCCAUAGUUGUAGUUGGCUAUUAUUUCGAGAGUAAAAGAGCUGUCGCUACUGGAAUCGCUGUUGCUGGCUCUGGUGUGGGUACAAUGGUGAUGCCAUUUGUUACAGAGUACUUCAUUUCCACGAUUGGCUGGAAAUAUACUGUAUGGAUUCUGGCAGCAUUAGUAUUUACAUGUGCUGCUUUUGCCAUACUGUAUCGGCCGCUACCAGUGCCAACUCUUGAACAAAAAGAUCAAGAGCUUGUUCCGCUACGAGCAGCACUUAGGAAAAUGUCCGAAACUGAUGACGAUGAGAAUCGCGCCACUUCUGAUUUAUCGAACGAACACGAAAGUCCCACCAAACAGAAUCACGAUGAUCCGGUAAUGGCACGACUUCGUAAUGCACUCUCAGAAUGUGAAAAUGAUACCGAUACCUCACCUUCAACACCUGUUCGACAACCUCUUUCACCAGUUCUUGAGGGAACCAUCAGUAAAAGCCGUGCUGGUAGCACACAUCAGACUCACAUUGCUCCUGGUGUGCGAGCUCGAAAAUUAACACUCACUAGCAUGACAAGCGACAUGACAUCCAACAACGAUCUCAAAGCUUCACGAGCAACGCUUAGUGGCCCACAACUGAGCAGAAUUUCAGCCAGAAGUUUUGCACAGUCACUAAGUAGACUAUCGAGUAAAGGAGAAGCUUCGAGUCUGAGCAUUGCAAUGAGUGGUGUGGAUCCACAAGAAUUUGCACGACCACUGAACAGACAGGAUAUCUUUUAUGCUGGAUCUAUCAAAAAUUUGAAAGAAUUCAAACAAGAAGGAAACAAUCUACAAUCGUAUCGUGGUUCGGUGAUGUCAAUUCCUAGAUCUGUAAUUGGCCAUGCAGCAUCCAGUCUUAGUCAAGCAGGAGAUUUGCACGAAUUAGGCUCGCGUAUCGGAGGAUCGCGCUUGUCUCGUAUUACUGGUGGUCUUGGGACAGAAGAUGAAGAAGUUCUGGAUGAUUACUACGAUAACGGGCGAUGCAAAUGGAUCCCCUUGGCUAUUCGCAAUGCAUUUUCUGAAAUGAUCGAUCUGGAAUUGCUGAAAGAUCCAGUAAUGAUGCUGCUUUGCGUUUCAAAUCUGCUUGGAAUGAUGGGAUUCUACAUUCCAUUUGUGUUCCUGAAAGAUUUGGCUCAUUCACAUGGAACAAAUUCGAGCGAUAGUCGAUAUUUAGUACCAACAAUUGGUGUGACUAACACAAUCGGAAGGGUUUUCUUUGGAUGGCUAGCAGACAGAGGAUAUGUUUCAGCUUUAGUUAUCAAUAACUUUUCUCUAUUAGCUUGCGGUUUUCUUACACUUGCUGCUCCGCUUCUGCCCACUUUCUCACUUCAAAUGACUUACGCGGCACUAUUUGGCUUCAUCAUUUCUGCUUACGUAUGCUUGACCUCGAUCGUAUUGUCGGACCUUCUGGGACUUGAAAAACUAACAAACUCAUUCGGACUUCUUGUUGUGGCAAGGGGUAUCGCAUCGUUAGCCGGCUCUCCAUUUGCUGGCUUGGUCUACGACGUUACUCAGUCCUACUCGGCUACAUUUUACUUCGCUGGAUUUGUUAUUGUUGUUUCUGGUCUGAUCUCGUGUGCUAUUCCAUUGGUACAUAAGUGGAAGAGAAGUCAUGGAGAUAAUGAAGGUGAUACGAAGGAUAUGGACAACGUAUCCGGGAAGCUGUCGGUAUUGACGGAACGCUCUGAAGAAAAUCUUACUGAGUACCAGAGGACCAUUCAGAGUCUCAGACAACAGCAUGCUCUACUCAAAGAAAUCGAGGAGGAAAAGCGAAGAUUGAAGAGUGUCGACGAAGGGAACAAAAGAAAUGGAACCGUUGAAGAAGUGAACGAGGAAGACGGAGAGGACGAAACUCACAAGACAAAUUCUGAGAAAGCUGAAAAAUAAGGAUUUUGCUGGAAGUUCAUUGGUUACAGAAACAGGAGUCAGUUCAUCUUCUUACGCUUUCAGCUGCCCAGCUAAAGCGUAAGAGCUAGAGAUUGUUGAAUUCUGAAUUCUCAAGAACACCGAUUGUUAAUCAUAAUUUAAUUGCGCGAUAUUUUCAAAUCAGACAGUAGCCUAAUGUUGUGUUUUUCACCUCCGUUGAGCACAAGAGAAAAAUCGAGUUUUAGAAAGAAGAAAAUUCGAAGUGUUUCAUAUCAGCUGAGACGAUUUUCAGCACGCAUUUGCUACGGGUAGGCUCCGUCUGAAACUCUCUCUCUGUCUCAUUCGCCUUGCUCCUUCAUGCUUGUCUAGUCGUUGUUUAGCCGCUUUCAUAUCUCACUCUGUUUUUCUUUUUUUCAAUUAUUCUGCAUUUAUUCUAUUAUCUCUUUAUCAUACUAAACUGAUUGAAGAGUUCAUAUAAAAUAUGGACCCCCCAGAGAUGCAAAAAAGUUCUCCUAAGUUCGAUUGUAAAUGACAUUCGAUUAUUGUGGUUUAUUUUUGAUUGGUGAAUUUGAAAUGCAUGUUGUUCUCCACCUAAUUCGUUAUUUGCAGUGCCAACUGCUGAGCUUCUAACUAAGGUUGAUGUUUUAAAUGUUUUCUGUAUUGAUGUACAAUUCUCAGUGUUUGUUCCAUAAGCCGGUUUCUUAACUCAGCGAUGAUCGCUCAGAAGCUCCGUAUGCGCUUGCUUCUAUUCGAUCCUUUUUUUAUUUUUAUUUUUGUUUCAAAUUGGACGAUGAAUCCUGUGAUAAAUGCUUUCAGU